UCGGUUUUUGUCACUCUCUUCCGGAAGGUAUGACUCUCUCAUUUUUAACAUCGGUUUUCCCCUUUCACCCCUCACCUGGUCUGAUCGACGAAACCCUAACCAUCCGUUUGGGUCGAGGGAAAAUUGGGGAAAAGCAGAGAGAAAAAGGGAAAAUGCCUUUGUUUUCAGUUUUUUGUUUGUUCAGUAAAGGUGAAACAGUAAGCGACUUACACUCGAGAGAGAAGGAGGCAGAGACAAGGUGAGUUGCUAUUGUGCAAGGAUGCUUCAUGAAAUGGUUGCAGAAGAGUGGGAAAGAGGAGGUGGUGAUGAAUGGAGUAAAAGGUGGGAGGUUGCAUUAUGUAGGGCCUAUGGGAGGGCAGAUGAUGCUUUAAAAGACAAGGCAUUAGCGCCAUACUCAGUGGGAUCAACCAGUUUGGUGGUGGUUGUGUCACCUUGUCAGAUCAUUGCUGCCAACUGUGGAGAUUCUAGGGCUGUGCUUUGCCGUGGGACUCAAGCAAUUCCAUUAACUGUUGACCACAAGCUUGAUCGACAAGAUGAACUGGCGCGAAUUGAGGAAGCAGGUGGCCAAAUUCUAUAUUGGCAGGGUCCAAGGGUAGAAGGAAUUCUUUCUAUGACAAGAGCAAUAGGUGACCACUAUCUGAAACCAUGGAUUAUUUCAGAGCCUGAAGUUACUUUCACAACAAGGAGUGAUGAGGAUGAAUGUCUGAUUUUGGCAAGUGAUGGCUUAUGGGAUGUCCUGUCCAAUGAACAGGUGGUAAAGGUUGCUCGCAAUUCACUGAGGGAGGAGCGCAGGAAGGCUCUGCUUAAUGAUAGUUCACUACCCCCAGCCCACUCUGCUGCAGAUAGUCUCCUUUGCUGUGCACUUGCUGAGUACAGUGAUGACAACAUUUCAAUUAUUGUUGUCGACCUGAAAUCACGAAAGAGAAGGCACCAAUAUAGGCACUGAAAGUGGGCUGGUUUUUCUGGGUGGAGAGGGGGUUAGAGCUUCUAGGGGAGAGCGGCUAAUCCUGUGAGACAUGGACAACUGCUUCUUGUUCUACCAAUUGCUCAUGUGUAGCUGCUAUUUCAUUUAUUUGUCUUUCUUAAUGUUAAAAUCUCUGAAAAAUUGUUAAACUUAAAACUCUAUGGUGUAUGUUGAAAACUUCUCAGACUUAAACCAGUUAGCAUUUUGUUUUAUUAGACAUGUGGAAACAGCAGUAGUUAUUGUCUCCAUGUCUUGUUAGUUAUUUGUGAAUGUGUUUUAUGCUAGUUUACUUAUAUCUGUUCCUUGGUAAUGCCAUUGGGUGUUUAACUAUUCUUGAGAGGACUCAAUCCUCAAGCUCUGACAUCAACAUUGCCUGAAUGAUGCUUACCAAGCUUAAAUGAGAUGAAGACUUGCACUUGAAAUUUGAUGAUGAAGACUUGCAGUGAUUCAAAGAUAGCUAUCUGCUCUAGCAUUCUUCAACAUCUGCUGAUGUAUACCAUUAGAAAAUUAUGAUGUAGAAACCUUUUACAUUAAAAAUUAGAUUCUGACAUGUGAUUGGCUUGAUUGUGAUGAUGGCCGCAGGACUGAGUUUCUAGAUCUCUACAAGUAUCAGGAGCAUUUAUCCAUUGAAGGUUCAACCUGCUCUGAUAGCAAUUUUUAUGAAGGUCUAGAUUGGCAGGCUUCUAAAUGAACCAUAAAGGACAAGGAAUGACUCUCUAUUGCCAGUUGCUGAAGUAGUCUGUUAAACAUGGCCUAUUUCUGUGUUACCAAAGACUUGUGCAUCUUGAGGAAGAAAAUUGUAUGGCUGAAACUAUUGCAUUUGUUAGAUAAGUUCUAACCACCGGGUAGAGGACGAUGUUUUCUUUCUUGAAAGGACUGCUACGAGGAUCAUGUCUCAUUCAGUUUACUUGGAUAGAAUUUCGGCAGAGGGAGCAAAAGCUGCCUACAGUGCAGAUGCUUCAAUAAUGUCUACCAAGAAAUGGGAUUCUUGUGAAGAUGAGUGGAAUUGAUGCUGCGAGAAGAAUAUCUGUUAAACGGUCAGUAGGAAAGCAACCUUAAAGUUAAACUCCUGUAUGAUUGCAUCAAUGCCCACAAGUUUGGAUAAUUGAUUAUGAGCACAUUCUCGAUGAGGGAAAAUGGAUAUUUUUCAAGAAGGUUCCACGUGGCUAAUUCUUUGAUGCGGCAACACUAACCUCUCCCUAAACCAUUGCAUGAAACCAUGUUCCUUUCUUGUCAUUGAAUCUUCUUGAUUUAUUCUUUCUGCAACCACUAGUUGAUGUAAGUUUGAUUAUUGAAUUCAAAGAAAUCCAGUUUUGCCUUUGUUGUUU